CCCCUCCGGAAUCACAGGGAUGACCGCUUCUAUUGUGAGGAUCAUGGGGAUCAGAGGAGCGAGGGGGAGCUGGUAGUAACGUAUCAGCGCCGGUAAUGACUAAAACAGGUAUGGCGAAGUGUACAUUGCCGAGCGAGUCGAACUCUGGAUGUCUCAACAGAUAUUUCGUCCACGCACUCCUCUCGUGCAUGGCCAGGGGUUACGCGACGCAGAUCCAAGGGGUGGAUCCGCUGUCGAUAUUCUUCAUUGGGAAGGUAGACCAUGCAAAUAUCACUCUGGUUUAGAGUAUUCUCCGGAAUGUACUUACUUCAUGGCACCCUGUCGUACCUAUCUCGCACGUGUGUAACACCCCCCCAACCCCAGGGUCGUGACUUCUUUCCAAUGUCGCGCUGCAAUUUAUUCACGUCGUUGUAAAAUAACAAAUCUCUUUUUCUCCUGCGUCGCUGUUUUGCAAUUGCGUUGUUGUGCUGUUCACUCGUUUUUGCAAUAACAUCGCGCGAUGGAGGCGUCUACCAUGGAUGAGAAAAAGAUGUCGGUCCCAGGCGACGAGACCACCAGUAUCGAUGGACGGUCGGCCCAUUCGCCUGUGGAGGGAAGCAUUGAGAGCAGAGAUCUCGAUAAGGCGUAUCUCUACCUCAAUCACCAGAGCGAGGCCGCUGAGACAGUUGAUCUCAAAGCUUUGCGACGAAAGAUCGACUGGUGGAUCGUCCCUAUCAUGUUUGCGUGCUACACGCUGCAGUUUAUUGACAAAGUCGUCAUCAACUAUGCCGCUGUCAUGGGAAUCACCAAGGACCUGGGACUAGUCGGCAACAACUUCUCAAACGUCGCAUCCGCUUUCUUCAUUGCAUACCUCAUCGCCGAAGUCCCCAAUGGCUACUUCCUCCAAAAGGUCCCCGUCGCCAAAUGGCUCGCCGCCAACGUCUUCCUCUGGGGCGUUGCCACUGCCUGCACCGCCGCUGCCUUCAACUAUCACUCUCUGCUCGUUGCGCGCAUCUUCCUCGGCAUCUUUGAAGCCUCAAUAGCACCCUGCCUCAUGCUCAUCAGCAGCCAGUGGUACACCAAGUCCGAGCAAGCCCCCAGGUUCAGUCUCUGGUACUGCGGCCUCGGCGUUGGCCAGAUCAUCGGCGGCAUUGUCUCCUUCGGCUUCCAGCACGUGGAGCACUCCAGCCUCAAGGGAUGGCAGUUGAUGUUCAUCGUCCUCGGUGUCAUCACGAGCUUGGUUGGUGUCGCAACAUACUUCAUCCUCCCCGAUACGCCCAUGAAGGCCAAGUUCCUCACCGAGGCCGAGAAGGUGGCCCUCCUGAAGCACGUCUCCGUCAACCAAACCGGUAUCGAAAACCACCACUUCAAACUGACCCACAUCCUCGAAGUCCUCAUGGACGUCCAGAUCUGGCUCAUGGUCAUCCUGACAGUCCUGAUCUCCGUCUCCAGCGGCGUCAUCACCUCCUACUCUUCAACCCUCAUCUCGAACUUCGGCUUCUCCAAGCCCCACUCCGCCCUCCUCAACAUGCCCGGCGGCAUCGUCUCCAUCGUCUCAACCCUUGUCGUCGGCUUCGGCGUCCGCCACACCUCCAACCGCUGGGCCUGGAUCGUCGCCUGCUGCAUCCCCGGUAUCCUCGGCGGCGGCCUGAUGUCGUUCGCCCCUAAGUCGAACCGGGCUGCCCUUCUCGCGGGUAUCUACCUCGUCAACGCCAUCGUCGCCACGCUCGUCGUCAUCUACCAAUGGACCGUCGCCAACUGCGCUGGCCACACCAAGCGCGUCGUCGCGAGCGCUCUCAUCGCCGGCAGCUUCUCCAUCGGCAACAUUAUCGGCCCGCAGACGUUCCAGGCCAAAGACGGCCCGGAGUUCCGCCCGGCGAAGAUUAUUGUGCUGGCGACGCAGGCGGCGGGCGCGGCGGUUGCGGUGGUGCUGUUUGGGUACUAUGUGUGGGCGAAUAAGAGGAAGGAUAGGAAGGAGGAGGCGGCAGGUUUGUCCGAGGGGAGGGAUACGGAGGCAGAUGCGUGGAAUAAUAAGACGGAUAAGGAGAAUAAGUCGUUUAGGUAUGUGUACUAAUUUGUGGGAUGGGGAGGGGGUGUAUAUACUUCUGUGUUGGUUUCGGUGGAGGGAAUAUGGGGGGGACAGAGGAGUGUAUUUACCUGCCAUCUUACUUAGCUAUAUACUGCCUUUUAAUAG